UUCGCCGACACACGUUGCAGCGGCUGACGAAACCCAUGCGAAUUGUUUUGGUUAAAACCCCGGUUUCUCUGUUUCUUAGAAACUAUAAGUUCUAUGACCCGCGGUUGCAGUCGCCGACGAAAUACGCAUGUAUUUAGCGAGAUCCACUCGGUCGCCCAUCCAAAGAACUCUGCGAACAUUCACGACGAGUAAACCGAUGGCGGCCACCAUUGCCUCCGCCAAGGAUCCACUGACAGGACCUCGCUACGAGCGGGAACCCAAUGUGCUGAAGAAGAAGCUGGCCUCCGUGGUGCCGGGCACCGUCAACCUGCAAGUACUGGGCUCCGGCGCCAAUGGAGCCCCCGGCGCUGUCUACUUGUUCACGGAUCAGGCGCGUUACUUGUUCAACUGCGGCGAGGGAACACAGAGAUUGGCCCACGAGCACAAGACCCGACUCUCCCGCCUGGAACAGAUCUUUCUCACGCAAAACACCUGGGCAUCCGCCGGAGGAUUGCCCGGUCUCACGCUGACCAUCCAGGAUGCCGGAGUGCGCGAUCUGGGUCUCCAUGGGCCACCUCAUCUCGGCUCCAUGUUGCAGUCAAUGCGACGCUUUGUGGUGCUGAAAAACCUCCAAGUGCGGCCCAAUGACUGCUCCGAAGGCGCCUCCUUUGAGGAUUCCAUCCUCAAAGUGGACUCCCUGCCGCUGAUUAGCUCAGUGGAUCCAACGAAAAGUGUGAUCAACUACAUUUGUCAGCUAAAACCUCGUGCUGGCGCUCUCAACCUGGUCAAGUGUGUGGAGAAGGGUGUGCCUCGAGGACCUCUUCUGGGAGAGCUCAAGAACGGAAAGGAUAUCACCCUGCCCGAUGGCACGGUGGUGCUUUCAGCUGACGUCUCCGAGUCCAGUGAAACGGCCCUCUCCUUCGUUUUUCUAGAUGUACCCUCUGAGGAGUAUUUGCCGGGGCUCCUGGCUCAUGGCAAAAGGCUUAAGCAGUUGGGCGAAGAGAAGCUUACCGAAGUGGCUCUGGUGGUGCACUUUACGCCUCAUCAAAUGGCCUCUCGGCAGGACUACAAGGAUUUUGUGGAGGAGAAUUUCACGCCUGCCACCCAGCACAUCCAUUUAAGUUCCCCACUAAACCAGUUCUCUGGCUAUGCAGCUGCCCAUCGCAUCCAACACCAAUUGCACCAAUUGGCCCCGCAAGUUUUUCCACUGCUCGGCGAGCAGCUGCCGUGCCAGAGUCAGUGCCUUAGCCUCAACCUGAAGAAAACCAAGCUGGAUGAGGGCGAUGUUGAGGAUAAGGCGAAUGCUAAGGCGACCGAGGAAGAGGAGCAGGGCGUGGUAGCCAUGACCAGCUUUCAUCUAAGGCCAAGGAAGGGUCUGGAUCGCACCCUAGAGUCCAAGCUCACGCCGGAGGAGUACGUUAAGGAGACCCAUGCCGUGCCUGGCUUUACAGAACUCUUGGCCAAAUACAAAGAGGACUAUAGUUUCCCCAAUAACUCGGCCGACAGCUUUCCGAAGAUUAUCUUCCUGGGCACCGGCUCCUGCAUUCCCAAUAAGACGCGCAACGUUAGCUCCAUUCUGAUAAAGACUGCGAUCGAUGCCUACGUGCUGUUGGAUUGCGGGGAAGGCACCUACGGCCAGAUUGUGCGGCUCUAUGGACGCGACCAGGCGCAGCAGGUUCUCCGUCAACUACAAGCGAUUUAUGUCUCACACUUGCAUGCCGAUCACCAUAUCGGUCUGAUUGGUCUGCUCCGGGAAAGGAGGCAACUGGAACCCAAGGCUGAGCCUCUGAUUUUGCUGGCACCUCGGCAAAUUGAACCCUGGCUGGAGUUUUACAAUCGGCAGAUAGAAACAAUAGGGGAUGCCUACACGCUAGUGGGAAACGGCGAACUCCUGUCUAAUCCCCUAGCCGGAGAGAAGGUUGAACCUUUGGGAAUCACAUCCAUAUCCACCUGCCUGGUGAGGCACUGCCCUAACUCAUUCGGCAUAAGCCUUACUCUAGCAGCCAAGUACAAAAACGAGCCCGUGAAGAUUACCUACAGCGGCGACACAAUGCCCUGCCAGGAUCUGAUCGAUAUAGGCCGCGACUCCACGGUGCUCAUCCACGAGGCCACCAUGGAGGAUGAUCUGGAGGAGGAGGCUAAGUUGAAGACGCACAGCACCGUGUCGCAGGCCAUUCAGCAGGGCCGUAAUAUGGACGCUCGCCACACGAUUCUCACCCACUUUUCGCAGCGUUACGCGAAAUGCCCGCGGUUGCCGAAUGACGAGGAUAUGCAACGAGUGGCAAUAGCCUUUGACAAUAUGGAAGUGACGCUGGAGGAUUUGCAGCAUUACCACAAGCUCUACCCCGCCCUCCUGGCCAUGUACGCCGAGUAUACGGAAGAACUGGAGCAGCGGGCGGUCAAGCGGGAGUUGAAACAGGAGCGAAAACGCAAAUUGGCGGAAGCGUGAUCGCAACUGGUUCAAUGGAUGAGCAGGAUUAUUUAUUCUAUCAGCUACUGUUAAACUAAUAUUAGGGAGGAGCGGUAAAUGUUAAGUUGUGUAGCUAUGCCUUGGACCCAUGAAAUGUAUCCAACAGCAAAGCGAGAAUAUAUAAAUUUUAUAUAUGACAUUUAGUACAUAACACAUUUGUUCAUAUAUGCCAUGUUUUCAUAUAACUAAGCAUUUCAGGGGUAGCCUUUAUACGACAUGUUAUUGUUUAGGGAAACUUUUUGGUCAACUGUUCAAUAUCCUGGUGUUAUGAAUUCAAUUCCCCCACGACUCCAAUAAAAUCUUACAAUCCUCGAA